AUGUGCCAGCAGCAACAAGUUCUACUGCAACGCGUAAAUAGUCUGGAGCAAUGGCAAUCCCAGGUUGUGGCCCAGAUGUCGUCGGGCGGAAUGCCGGGCGCCAACUCCAACCACUCUGGACAGAGCCAAACGGAAUGCCAACAGCAUAUUCCAGCUAUUCAGUCGGCGCAGCAUGAUACGGUGUCAGACGUGGCGCAAACAGACCAUGUGGUGCACGUGCCGCUGGCGAGUCAGGCUCAACAUCAAGGAGAACAGAAUCAAUUCAGUCAGCGAGUGUCGCACCGUAGGGUGUCAAAUUCGUCACAAUCCAAACACGUCCCAGCGUCCCGCCAAGGUCAUAACCAGGAGAGCCAGAACCAAGCCGUUCAGCCAACACCGCGCAAUGGCGGAUUGCAAUUGACGCAAACAAAUCGCGUUUCGGAACAGAUUCACCACCAGGAAGGGCAGCAACUAUCCCUAAAGCAGGAAGACGAAAGCCAGAACGAGAAACAAUGGCAACAAUGCCCCAGUAAACCCAAGCCCGGAGUAACCGGCGGUCAUUCAUUGAUUAGCGUCUAA